AUGUGUACGGAAGUGGAAACUCCGCUGAAUUCCCGUAUGGUGUGCUCAAACUGGUUCUUUGUCUGAACGCGGUGGAAAGAAAUUAAGUAUGAAUUUAAUGUAGAAAACCUAAGUUAAACAGGGACUUUCAAGCCGGUCAAGAGAAAAAUCCACAAUGAGCUCGCAGGACGUAUUGAAGAACGCGUCCACUCUCGCUUCGUACAAUGUGCUGCUUCAGGUAAUGUUCCGUGUGCUCACCUUCUUAUUGAACGCGUUCACCCUCCGCUUUGUGUCCAAAGAGCUGAUUGGGGUGGUGAAUGUCAGGCUUACACUGCUCUACUCCACUUUAGUAUUUUUAUCCAGAGAGGCCUUUCGAAAAGCGUGUCUGAGUGGCUCUGAUGGGGGGAAGCACAACUGGAGGCAGCUUAUCAAUCUGCUAUGGCUGACUUUGCCUCUAGGUGCGCUAUUGGGAGCCAUGUUGGCCGCUGUGUGGCUCUGGCUCCUUGAAGCACCGGACCCUCAAGCGGUUCCGUUCUACGGCCCCGGCGUAGUGCUGUUCGCCCUAGCGGGGGUGCAGGAGCUCUUGGCCGAGCCCCUGUGGGUGCUGGCCCAGGCUCACAUGUUUGUGAGGCUAAAAGUGGUCGCUGAGAGCUUGGCCAUGCUGGCUAAGUGCAGCAUGACGGUGGUGCUGGUGGUGUCUGCCCGUGAAUGGGGCCUUUACAUCUUCUCUGCUGCUCAUUUGGUGUACACAGGAGUCCUGGUGCUGUGCUAUGCAGUUUACUUUCUUCGUUUCUUGCCUUCCAAAGAAGCGACUGAGCGCAAUUUUCCUCUGCGCAACAUUGGAGAUCUGAUGCCUCACACAGUUAAUGGAGAGCCUCUGUUGGACUGGACCAUGGCCCGGCUCACCUGGAGCUUCUUCAAGCAGUCAUUCCUCAAGCAGAUCCUGACUGAAGGCGAGCGCUACGUCAUGACCUUCCUGAACGUCCUCAGCUUCGGCGACCAGGGCGUUUAUGACAUCGUCAACAACCUGGGCUCCAUGGUGGCACGCUUCAUCUUCUUGCCAAUCGAGGAGAGCUUCUACAUCUUCUUCGCUAAAGUGCUGGAGCGAGGCCGCGAUGUCAAAAGCCAGAAACAGGAAGAUGUUGGUGUUGCAGCAGAUGUACUACAAUGCCUGCUCAAACUGGUGCUGGUGAUUGGACUCAUUAUUGCAGUCUUUGGGUACGCCUACUCGGGACUGGCUCUGGAUAUUUACGGGGGUUCUCUGCUGAGCAGUGGGGCAGGCCCAUCUUUGCUGCAAUGCUACAGCUGCUACGUCCUCCUGCUGGCUGUAAACGGUGUGACCGAGUGUUUUGUGUUUGCUGCCAUGAGCCAGGAGGAGGUUGACAAGUACAACUUGGUGAUGUUGGCUCUGUCUGCUUCGUUCCUCUUCCUGUCCUACAUGCUGACGUGGUGGGCGGGCAGUGUGGGCUUCAUCCUGGCCAACUGCCUUAAUAUGGCCCUCCGCAUCACGCACAGCGUGGUGUACAUUCGCCGCUACUUCCUGUCCAGUCCGUGGAAGCCCCUGCGAGGCCUGCUGCCCUCGCCGUUGCUGUGCCUGGCGCUCGCUGUCAGUGCGGCGGUCACGGUCGUCAGUGAGAGUGUUUUCUGCUGCGACGGCGGCUGGCUCCUCAGAUCGGUCCACAUCAGCGUGGGAGCGGUGUGUCUUCUUUUUGUUCUCGGAGCCGUUCUGCUCACAGAAACUCAACUCAUUGUGUUUGUGAGGACUCAGCUUUUGCCACAGUACAGGAAAAAACAUGCAUAACUUGAAGGACAGCAACAAGUGAAUUAAUUUUUUUAAUGAACAUCAGCUGCAAGAGCAGGUGCAUCUCAAAAACUUAGAAUAUUGUAGAAGAGUUCAUUUAUUUCAGUAGUUUAAUUCAAAAAGUCCGAUGUAAUUUAUAUAUUAAAAUAAUUUUGAUUGUUUCUUAUCUAGCAUUCUAAGAUGGUGAGUUUUGGAUUUCCUUUAACUAAGAUAAAAUCAUCAUUCGUACAAGAAAUCAUUAAAUAUUUCACUCAGUGUAAAGUGAAUCUAUCUAAUAUAUAAAAUGUCCUUUUUCAAUUAAACUAUUGAAACAAAUCAAGUUUUCCACGAUAUUCAAACGUAUUAAGAUGCAACUGAAUGUGAAUGUGUGCUUCUGUAUAUGAUAAUGUUACUGGAUAAUUCCCUUGUUUGUACAUGUGAAGAAAUCUAUCCUCUUUGGACACAUCAUUAGGUACACCUUCCUGAUCUAAAUGUAAUGAAUUAAAAUAAUUUUAAGGACACAUUAAAUACAGUAUGUUCCGUUUUUUAUUCAUACAGCCUAAGACCUUACACUGAGAAGUGUUUGUAAUAAUGUAUCUAACUACUCCAAACAAGGCAAUGUCCAACAUUUUUCUAAGUAUCCAGUUUGCCAUAGUCAACCACUGAAAAGUGUUUCGAAACCUUACCGACUUAUUACAGUAUACUAUAUGCUACUCCUAAUUAGUCUCUUAGUUUCAAGCUUCCCUAUAUGACUAUAUCAUUUCCUUGAUGGACUGGUAAAUAAUAAAAAAAAAAGAAUUUGACCAAGAUAAACAAUUUAAAAACUUUUUUCCACCAUUAGUGUGACCUAUAACCUCUACAAUUCAAUCUUUUAAAAUGAUUUUUAAAAUAUUGUCGAGAGGGGUAGUAGUAAAGAUGAAUCACAUGAAAUAAUGUGGUGGACACACCCUCAUAUAACUGAGAUAUGCUUGUAUUCGGAAUUACCCAAUCCUAUUCAAACUCAUGUUAAAUAGGAGUUAGCACACACCUGCCACCAUUUAAAGUACCUCUGAUUAAUCCCCAAUAAACUUCUGAUUUCCUAGUAGGCAUUUUGUGACAUUUUCUUUUUAAAUUUCUAGCAGAAGCCUGAAGGUUUUGUUCUAACACUGAUUUGUAUUUGCAUUGGAACUGCUCAUAAUUCCCUCUACCUUGACUUCGGCCCCAGUUCCAGCUAAAGAUGCUCAACCCCAAAGCAUGAUGCGGCAACCACCAUGCUUCACUGUGUGGUAUGGUAUUAUUUUGGUAAUGAAGAGUUAUGUGCUUGCACCAAACAAACCUUUUGGGAUUUUGGCAAAAAAAAAAAAAAAAAAAAAAAGAA